AUGAAUCAACUAGGUAAAGAAAGCGACGUCGAGAGCAGAACAGAUCCUGCUGUAGUGGGUAUUUCAGAAGUCGCAGAUGUGGGAAAUGUGGACCCAAUGGCAAAAAUCGACCCCGAAGUAGGUGAUGCAGAUUUGGAACCAUCCGUGCGAUUUUGGGAUCAGCAGAUUCUUCUUCAACACUUGAACACGAUAAGAGACCUUAAGACUGCUCAAUUGCAAAUAAAUGCAGCCAUCAAUGAAUUGAUGGAAGAAAUGGACUAUAAAUCAGCGGACAAUGAUAAAAAAUAUAAGUUCAAAUGGAGCACAGCUUCAACUUACAAUCUUCUGAAGUAUUGUUACGAAAUUGGGCCCUUUUACGGGUUUGAAAACUGCAAUGACCCUUCUUUACGGAAGCUGGAACAAAGCAGUUUCAUUUCGCUAAAAUGGGGUUGUGUGUGGUACGACGUCUUGAGAUCCUUGGACUUUCCAUCGCAGAUAGUCCCCACCGAAUUACAGUGCAAGACGCGUUUCAAAUACCUGCUAGAACAGGCCCAUUCGCGUCUCUUCAUUGGUGACAUCAAAAAACCGUUUGUUCUCACUGGGGUUCCAAGGGUCGAUUCUAUUCUGGAAAAAGUGACAAAACUGAAAUACGAAGCCGAGGAGCGCAAAACUUUGUUGCAGAAGUUCGAAGGACAGCGUGCCAAACGUAGCGUCAGCGACAUGAUUGGCGAUACAAUUGAUUCCAGCCUCGCAAGUGUGGAACCUGAAUUAGCAGAUCUCAGUCGCAUUGGAGCAGAUGCCAUUAACCCAACCAAGCGGAGAAUCGACAUUGCAGCCGCUGUGCGGGUUGCGAAUGAAGACUUCCGCGAUAAACAAUUGGCUCUGCAACAGGAGCACAUUGCGGUCGAACACGAACACCUGGCUUUGGCACGUCAAAAGGAGCAGCGGGAAGCCACUGAUUCCAACGUGAAACGCGUAACGUCUAUCCUUGGGAUCUUGGGUUACGCUCACGAUCUCGAUAACGAGCAACUCAGAAUCAAAGACACUCUCCUAAAUGUUCUACAAGAUGCCCUCCACGAUUUGCAAACCUCUAUACAUUGA